AUGGGCAGUGCAACUCUUUUUUACGAGCCUUAUCGCGCAGCUGUGAACGAGGAUUGGGAAUCUCUGAAGGAUUUCUACAAGGAAAAUGUUGGUUUGCUGUUUUUUCCUGUAACGGCCUCCAGGGGCAAUGCAUUUCACUUGGCAGUGUUUAGCGGAAGUAAUGAACCGCUUCAAUCUUUACUUGAUUUUAAUAUUUCCGAACGUGAUUUUAUGAUGACGGACGGCUAUUUACAACCGAAUGUCUACGGGAACACACCUCUUCAUGAGGCUGCAGCCAUUGGGAACCUGAAGGCGGUAGAAGCCUUGGUCAAUCAUCAUCGUAAGCUCUUCCCCGAAGAAAAUAUUGAAGAUCAAAAUGAGAAUGAGUUCCUUGAGGCUGUGAAUAUGAAAGGCGAAACCGCGCUUUUUGUUGCUGCUGCAUUUGGGAGAACAAAAGUGGUGAAGUUUUUAGCUUCAAAAUCAUUAGAAACUAAGACCAGAUUUAUAUACCAAAAAGAAGAAAGGAAAGAAGAACAAUAUACAAAGCUCAAAGACAUUCACUACAAAAACCUAGGCUUGAUCCAUGUAAAGCCCGAAUCUGAUGCCUCCAAUCAGCUGACUAGUACCAUCCAGGGUGAAAUCAUAUCAGAGCCCAUACCUGAUACCUCCAAUCAGCUGUCUGGAACCAUCCGGGGUGAAAUAUUAAAGCCAAAGCCUGGUGCCACCCAAAAAGAAACAUUCAAGGAAGUGCCUGGUUUCUCCAUUCUGCACGUUGCCAUCACAGGACACCAUUUUGAAACGGCUCUAUAUUUACUGAAGAAGGAUGAAUCGUUAGCAACACUGAAGGACCUAAAUGGCUUGACCUCUUUUCACCUACUAGCAACCAUGCCCUCAGCUUUCGAAAGUAGAUAUCGAUGGGGCACAUGGAUCCACAGAGUCGCAUAUAUCUGUCUUCCAAUCGGUGAUGAAACAGAUGAUGAUGUAAAAGCUACUACAAAAAUUUCCAGAGGGUGGCUUCUAUUACUGGGAAAGAUCUGUGCACUAGUAAGGAGAAACAUCUUUGAAGAAAAGAGAAAGCAUAAAUUUGCUCUGAAACUAGUAGAAGGACUAAUCGAAAAAGAUUCUUCUUGGGACGAAACCAUGAAUGAGCAAGUGGCCCCAGCGUUUCAAUUUGAUGAAGACCAGUCUAUAAAUGUUGAUAUCCCAGUUUCAGGAGAUUAUAAGCCAAUUCCGUUACUGCUGGCGACUGAAAGUGGAAUAGUAGAGAUUGUGACUAGGAUACUAGAAGUACGUCCCCAGCUAGUUGAGCAUAAAAAUGAUCUGGAUCAGAACAUACUGCAUGUGGCAAUUAAGCACCGUCAAUAUGACAUCUUCGAUCAUGUGAAAAAUAUGAAAAUACCAAUGACAUGGUUAGUCCGAAAGGUUGAUAAAAAUGGCUACACCAUUUUACACCAUGCUGCAGACAUGGAGCCAGAGACUACAAAGACUCACCCAGCAGGACCUGUAUACCAACUCCAGCAAGAGAUAAAGUGGUACAAACUUGUAGAGGAGAUCAUGCCCGCCCACUACGCCCGGUUGCGCGACAAGAAGCAAAACAAGACUUGCGAAGAGCUAUUCAAAAUGAAGCACAAUGAACUACACAAGCAAGCACAUCAAUGGAUAAAAGAUACUUCUCAGUCUUGCCCUGCAGUGGCUGUUCUCGUUGCUGGCGUGGUCUUCGCAGCUGCCUACACUGUACCAGGGGGUUCCAAUGAGAAAGGGCAUUCAGGUUUCCUCUACAGCACUCUCUUCUUGGUUUUCACAGUCAUGGACGCUGUUGCUUUGACUUGCUCCUUGACCUCGAUUGUAAUGUUUUUGUCCUUCCCCACAUCGUCUUAUACGUAUGAAGAAUUCCACCAGACACUUCCUAAUAAACUCUCAAUAGGCUUCGCCUUGCUCUUCAUUUCUUUGACUACAACAAUGAUUGCAUUUGCGGCAACAUUAUUGCUCAUAGCUCGCUCGGAAAAGCCACAUUGGACCACCACCAUCAUUUAUACUGCUGCACUUUUUCCUGUCAGCAUAUUUACACUAUCGCAAUUUCCUAUUUGUGCUGCCUUUGGGGAAACUUUGCUCAAGUUGUAUCGUAGAUUGUCUAAGAUUCUGCAUCUCACAAAGCCUCGACGAUGCAGAGUAGCUUGGGAACGAGGUCAAUUGUCUAGGCCACCAGUCUGA